AUGCAGUCCUCUACGGGAAUGCUCACCAAAUUCGAGUCCAAGUCGUCCCGCGCGAAAGGCAUCGCAUUCCACCCAAAGAGACCAUGGAUCCUCGUCUCACUUCAUUCUUCGACCAUUCAGCUGUGGGAUUACCGCAUGGGUACCCUCAUUGACCGCUUCGAAGAGCACGAUGGUCCAGUCCGCGGUGUCGACUUCCACAAGACGCAGCCCCUCUUUGUCUCAGGCGGUGAUGACUACAAGAUCAAGGUCUGGUCUCUCCAGACUCGCCGUUGCCUGUUCACCCUGAAUGGACACUUGGAUUACGUUCGCACCGUCUUCUUCCACCACGAGCUGCCCUGGAUUGUCAGUGCCAGCGACGACCAGACGAUCCGGAUAUGGAACUGGCAGAACCGCUCUUUGCGCCACAACCACUACGUCAUGUGUGCCCAGUUCCACCCCAAGGAGGAUCUCGUUGUUUCGGCCUCCCUUGACCAGACCGUUCGUGUGUGGGAUAUUUCUGGCCUCCGCAAGAAGCACUCUGCCCCCACCUCGAUGUCCUUCGAAGACCAGAUGGCUCGCGCGAACGCAAAUCAAACCGACAUGUUUGGUAACACUGAUGCUGUGGUCAAGUUCGUCCUCGAAGGUCACGACAGGGGUGUGAACUGGGUUUCUUUCCACCCCACUAUGCCCCUAAUUGUUUCUGCCGGCGACGACCGCCUCAUCAAGCUGUGGCGUAUGAGCGAGACCAAGGCUUGGGAGGUCGAUACUUGCCGUGGCCAUUUCCAGAACGUCAGUGGGUGCCUCUUCCACCCCCACCAAGACCUCAUUCUCUCUGUUGGCGAAGACAAGACCAUCCGGGUCUGGGACUUGAAUAAGCGGACAGCAGUCAAUACGUUCAAGCGUGAGAGCGACAGGUUCUGGGUUAUUGCUGCUCACCCUGAGAUCAACCUUUUCGCUGCUGGCCAUGAUAAUGGUGUCAUGGUGUUUAAGCUUGAGCGCGAGAGACCAGCGUCGGCCGUUUAUCAAAACACUCUAUUCUACAUCACUAAGGAUAAAUGUGUGAAGUCUUACGAUUUCCAGAAGAAUAUUGAAAGCCCGACUCUCCUCUCGCUCAAGAAGCUUGGCAGCCCUUGGGUCCCCCCUCGCACACUCUCCUACAAUCCAGCCGAGCGGUCCGUGUUGGUUACGUCCUCUGCAGAUGGCGGAGUUUACGAGCUCAUCAACCUUCCUCGUGACGGGUCUGGUGCCAUCGAGCCAACAGAAUCUAAGCGUGGACAGGGCAACUCGGCCGUCUUCGUUGCUCGCAAUCGCUUCGCUGUCUUGAACACCUCUACCCAGACUAUCGACAUUAAGGAUUUAAGCAACAACACAACAAGGUCAUUCAAGCCGCCCAUUGGUACUACCGACAUUUAUUUUGGUGGCACCGGCAACCUUCUCAUCCUUACCCCGACGGUUGUUUAUCUGUACGACAUCCAGCAAAAGAAGACGACGGCAGAACUUGCAGUGAACGGCGUCAAGUAUGUGGUGUGGUCCAAUGAUGGCCUGUAUGCUGCUCUUCUCAGCAAGCACAACGUGACCAUUGUCACCAAGAACCUCGAGCAAGUUAGCAGUUUGCAUGAGACCAUCCGGAUCAAGAGCGCCACCUGGGAUGAUGCGGGUGUUCUUCUCUACUCGACCUUGAAUCACGUCAAAUAUACCUUGCUCAAUGGCGACACCGGCAUUGUCCGCACCCUUGACCAGACAGUUUAUCUCGUCCGUGUCAAGGGUCGUAAUGUCUACUGCCUUGACCGCGCUGCUAAGCCCCGAAUUCUUCAGAUUGAUCCGACGGAAUACCGUUUCAAGCUAGCUCUUGUCAAGCGGAAUUACGAAGAAAUGCUUCACAUUAUCCAAAAUUCAAGUUUGGUUGGCCAAUCUAUUAUUGCUUACCUGCAGAAGAAGGGUUAUCCGGAGAUUGCUCUCCAGUUCGUGCAAGACCCGGCUACGCGCUUCGAGCUCGCCAUUGAGUGCGGCAACCUCGAAGUUGCGCUGGAAGUUGCCAAGGAACUGGACCGUCCUAAGCUCUGGACCAGGUUAAGCACUGAGGCUCUUGCUCACGGCAACCAUAGCAUUGUGGAGAUGUGCUACCAGAAACUCAAGCACUUUGAUAAGCUGUCGUUCCUCUACCUUACCACCGGUGACAACUCCAAGCUGGCUAGGAUGGCCAGAAUCGCAGAGCACCGCGGGGAUGUUACGUCAAGGUUCCAGAACUCCAUUUACCUCGGGGACGUUCAGGAUCGGAUCCAGAUGUUCAAGGAGAUCGACCUCUAUCCUCUCGCGUAUAUGACAGCUAAAUCCAACGGACUGGAGGAAGAAUGCCAAGCCAUCCUCGAGGCCACUGGUCUCACCGAGGAGCAACUCAACCUCCCUACUUUUGGCGAGCCCCUUACACCCCCUAAGCCUGUGGUGCCGACGUACAAGGCGAACUGGCCAACUAAGGCAACAUCCCAAUCCGUCUUUGAGCAGGCCCUUCUUGGCCAGGUUGAGGCCUUGACGUUAGAGGAUGAGCGCGCCGCUGCUAAUGUUGAGGAAGGUGAGGAAGAAGCUGUUGGCAAGCGGGAUCUCAUUGCCAAUGUCGAUGAGGACGGGGAUACUGCCGGUUGGGAUAUAGGUGAUGACAUCGUCGCCGAGGUGGAGGAGGCUAUCGUUACUGUUGACGGAGCUGAGACCGGCGGUGCUGCCAGCAGCGAAGCUGACCUGUGGGCCCGCAAUUCGCCGCUUGCAGUCGAUCACGUCGCCGCAGGCUCAUUUGAGACUGCCAUGCAACUCCUCAACCGCCAGGUUGGUGCAGUCAACUUUGCACCCCUCAAGCCUCGGUUUUUGGAGGUUUACCAAGCCUCCAAGACAUAUCUGCCUGCGUCCGCAGGUCUCCCUCCGCUUAUCAAUUAUGUGAGGCGGACUGUUGAGGAGACAGAUCCUCGGAACGUCUUUCCGAUUAUCCCGAGAGAUCUGGAAUACCUUGCCGCUAAUGACUUACAACGCGGCUAUGAGGCCAUGAAGGCCAAUAAGCUGGAGGAUGGUCUCAAGAUUUUCAAGGGUAUCCUUCACGCCGUGCUCAUCAAUGCUGUGGGCAGCGAGAACGAAGUGGCUGAGGCCAGGAAACUCAUUACCUCUGCUCGCGAAUACGUCGUGGCCAUGUCCAUCGAGCUCGGGAGAAGGGCUCUCGGUCCUCAGGACGUCGUCAGCAAAGAUCCUCAGCUCCUCAAGAGGAGCCUGGAGCUCUCGGCUUACUUCACAAUCCCCAAGAUUGAGGUGCUGCAUCGCCAGCUAACGCUGCUCAGUGCCAUGAACUGGGCUAUGCGCAACAAGAACUACAACUCGGCGUUGAGCUUCGCCAACAGGAUAUUGGCGAACGGUGUGGUAGCUAAAUUUUUGGAGAGUGCCCGCAAAACCAAAGCACAAUGCGAGCGUAACCCUCAUGAUGCGGUCGAGAUUGAGUUCGACCAGUUUGCCGAGUUCGAAAUCUGCGCGGCCAGCCACACUCCCAUCUAUAGCGGCACGGCCUACGAAGAAUGCGCGUUCGACGGUGCCAAGUACCACACCAAGUACAAGGGUACCGUGUGCGUCGUCUGCGAGGUGUGCGAGGUGGGCAAGCACGGUAGCGGGUUGAAGCUGUUUGCUUAA